UGCUUUCUUUGCUUUAAGACCAACCUGCUCUAAAGUGCCCUCAUUUUCCUCUCUUUCAACUCUCUCUCUCUCUCUCUCUCUCUCACUCACACCUUUUCCUUUUCUCUCUCUCUCUCUCUCUCUCUUUCUUGUGCUAUGGAUACUGCUCAGUGGCCACAGGGUAUUGGAGUAGCUAAUGUAAAAGCAGUAGUUGAUCAUCAUCAAAACCCAAGGCCUGCAGGAGGCACAGAUCAAAAGAAGCCUAGGCCACAAAAAGAACAAGCUUUGAACUGUCCAAGAUGCAGUUCUACCAACACAAAGUUCUGUUACUACAACAAUUACAGUCUGUCUCAGCCAAGAUACUUUUGCAAGACUUGCAGAAGGUAUUGGACUGAAGGGGGUUCCUUGAGGAAUGUUCCUGUGGGUGGAGGUUCAAGAAAGAACAAAAGAUCUUCUUCUUCUACCACUUCUGCUCAUGUUUCCACCAGUAUUAAUUCUUCUGGAUCAUCAAAGAAAGUGCUCCCAGAUCUCACCCCACCAAAUUUUUCACCUCAUCAAAACCCUAAGAUCCAUGAAGGGCAAGACCUAAAUUUAGCUUACAACCCAUCCCAUUUGAUCAAUGGGGUGUCUGAAUUUCAUGUUGCUUUGCCAUUUGGGCUCGACACUAAAAAUCUCAACAUCAACCCUCAAACUCAAAACCCCUCUUCUCAUCAUCUCCCAGUGAUGGAGUUUCUCAAGAGUAGUACAACAGCAACUGCAGGGAAUAUGAGCUCAAGAGGACUGAUGAGUUCUUUCAUGUCUAUCCCAGUUUCUGACUGCUCCAACUCAGUCUACUCAUCAUCCGCUUUUCCUGUGCAUGAAUUCAAACCAAGCUUGGGGUUUUCACUAGAUGGGCUUGAUCAGAGUGGGUAUAACACAAAUGGGCUUGAAGAUCACUCGAACCCAUCAUCAAGAAUUCUAUUCCCGUUUGAGGAAUUGAAGACAGUUUCAAGCAAUGAAUUUGAGCAGGAUAGAUCAGGACAAGGAGGAGACUCAAAUGGGUACUGGAAUGGGAUGCUGGCUGGAGGUUCAUGGUGAAAAUAGUGAUCAUCAUCAUCAGUCACUUUUGGGAGUGUGUGUUUCUUUGUUCUUGUUAUAAAUUUGCCUUUUGUUCUUGAAAUUAGUAUGAUAUAUCAGAAGAACUAACAGAUAGGUUUUUUCCCACUUGUUCAAUAUUCCUUGUUUCUUUCUUUGUGAAAUUCCCACUUAAAUUGCUUCUUUCUUGGUGUUUGGUUUUCUAUCUUCUUUGCUGUUUGCCAGAUUUGCUUCUGUCUUGUCAAACUGUAAAUCCCUGAAUAUAUUUUUCUUUCUUCUUUUCUUUUCA